AGACAGACAGACAGAGAGAAUAUUUGCUGUAAUAUAAGCAACACGACGAAUACAGCAGCAAAGACGCUCCUCUGGUAUCUUUGUACAGCAGAGUCAAAUAUUAAUGGUGCAUUAGGUAACAAUUGUGCAAGCCCGCUGGUCGAUUUGCGACAUGAGGGUUGUUUCUCUUCCCUCUGUCCGGAGUGAGAUCUUUGGGAAGGAGGAGCUGACUUUCUGGCGGUGGAGGCUGGUUUAAAUCCGCGCGCGAGAGCGGCCCGGGAGCAACGGCGGGCAGCGCGAGAUCGCCGGGACUGGGACUGGAGCUGGUGCUGGAGCUGGGCGGGAGAGAGCCUCGCAUAUUCAUUCCAAACACGGCGGCAACUUGUCCAUUUGCGUUAUAACUGCAAAGAUGGCUGGACUGGUUCAGAAACCUAUAAUACAGUUGACUGGAUUCAAACACCCUGAAAAAGACACACUUAUCAAAUUACUUGUUCAACUUGACUGCGUUUAUUUUCAUGAACAUGAAUAUAAGCAAAAGUGUACACAUAUGAUAACAAAUAAACCAAGUCGAAGUGAAAAAUUUUUAGCAGCUUGUGCAGCUGGAAAAUGGGUCCUAACCAAAGAUUAUAUCACUGACAGCGCUAAGAGUGGCAGAUGGCUCAAUGAAAUCCAAUAUGAAUGGGGAUAUAAAAUUCAAAAUAAUUCACAGUUUCCUGGUCCAAUGGAUUCAGUACCGAAGAAAUGGCGUGAGGAGCUGGCUCGUUCUCGGAUAUCGGGAGUGUUUCACAACUGGAAAGUAGUACUUCUAAUUAAUAAUGAAGCAAGGAGAGCUACUUUCAGAAGAGUCCUAUGUGCUGGCAAAGCAACAGUCUAUCAUCGACCAAGAAAAAAUUAUCAAGUUACACAUGUAUUAACAGAAAGCAGAAAUUUCACAAUGGAGAGGCUAAAAAAUACAUUUAAGGCGCCUUAUUAUCCUGUGGAGUAUAUUGGACAAUUCAUACUGCAGCCUCUUUGUUCUACAAUGUCAACCCGGGACCUUGAGCUCUCAUGUAUGAAUAUCGUGGAUGUUGAUCAGAUGAAAUCAAGUUCUUUUCUGAACGCAACACUAGAUGAUUUGCAGCCAAGUUCUCUUGAAAGCAAUGGUUUAAAACCAAAAUCAUCAUCUUCUAUCCUUACUUCAAAUAGUCAGAGUGAAGCACUUAAACACAGACUACAAAUGUGCCUCAGUUCUGCUGAGGCAAUACGAAGUAAAUAUGUGCCAUCAGGUGUAGCCUGCUGUUUGUACACGUCAACUGCAAGACCGCAUGAGGUUCCAGUGUUAUUUCCUGGAAUUGUCAUUAAUCGAAUAGAAGGUAUUUUGGAGGGGUGUUUCUAUAUGGAGGCAUUAAAGGAGAUGAGUUUCCAUUUGUCAUCCAAGUCGUUUCCUCCAGCAAGUCUUCUACAAUCUUUCUUGCAACUGAUUCUGGAAGGUCAAGUAGGGAUGAAUUACUUGCACGAGUUCAUCAGCAUUAUGCAGAGUCUAAUUCUUUAUCAUCCACCCUGGCAACAGUCUUCCAGAGUGAAUUACUUCAUGGAGAUUCUUCAGUGUUCCAAUUGUAAGAAAGGAAGUUCAUUUCUUCUUGAGUCACUAACAAGAUCCUGUGUUUACGGUGAAGAACCUUGCCAUCAACCAUCAAAUCAAGAACUCUCCAUUUUGGAACUGAAGCCACUUUAUAGAUUGAUACUAAAAUACUUCUUUGACCUCUUUGAAGCUGAAUUAGAAAAUUUAAAUAAAAGCUGUUCUGAAAAUACAAAGAGUGGUGGUUGUCUUGUCAUCCCUCACUCUGUCCUUGCAAAUAUUUUCCUGGAAUACUCUGAUGCAAUGACUAAUUCAGUAGUUGUUUUACUGGAUUGUGUUCUUCAAGCAACCGGAGCACUGGUUAGGAAACCAACUGAUAAAGCAUGCUAUGAUACAGCCUACAUCUUGCAUGGCAUAUUGGGAAUUGUUGUGGAAUAUCGACUUCUGUUAAACAGAUUACAUGGAAAAUCCUUAUCUGGUCGUACUUGGGAUGAUUUACAAUUUUACAUUCCUGUAUGUUGUCAAGAUUACAAUCAAGAGGAAAUUGAGAUGAUGUUUAAAUUGACACCAUCACCUUGGCUGCAAAUGUUCAUUGCACAUGGCAUUUAUAAGCGGGUAUGCUUCAAUAUUGGCACUGAAAUCACUGAGACAUCUUUCUCGCUCAAACAAAUUAUCUCUUCGUAUUUAAUGGCCCUGGGGAGGAUGGGAAGUUGUAGUAAUGUGAUGAAGGUCCCCAAGAGAAAGAAGAUGGGACAGUGGCCUUGGCCUGAACCUUUGAGGCCAUCAGUUACUUUAACUGGAGACAUGCAGAAGCAAGUGGAUGCACAGGCUGUUCCAACGGAGCCACAUCUUCCAUUAUCAACAAAGAAGGUUAAUUGUUUGGAAACAAAAAUUGAAUCUAAUAAGAUAAAGAGCAUAAAAGGGGCUGUUUUGUUACAACAGGACCAUGUUGGAAGAAAGCCCUUGAAUAGUAUAAAUUCUCCAAAGAUAAACGAAAAUAUUGUUGCCAUUAAUGAAGUUGAAAACAAGACUAAAAAGCUGUUUGGAAAUGUUAAUAAUGAAAUCAAUCCUGCUGAAUAUGAAUUUUGUGCUUACCUCUGGUCUGUGUUAUUAAAAAGCUAUAUUGAAAAUCAUAAUUUACCCUUAAUAUGGCAAUUUAUGAAUGAUGUAUCUUUGAAGACAGUUACAUUUCUUGGUAAGAAUAGGUUUGAGAGCCUGGUUAAUUCCUUUCCUGGCCAGCUGAUGGUGCAGUAUGCUGAAGAUGUAAAAGCGUAUAAGGAACUUCCGACUUGUAUUCAGCAAGUGCUUGGCAAUGUCAGGAAUGGAUCUAUGACACUUGGAGUGCAUACAGAAUUGCUACUUUUGCACCUAGAAUCAACACUUCAUAUUUUUUAAUUUUCAAUUUGGAAUGAACAAUUUAUUUGCAGCCUUUUAUAAUGAAUGGAAAGUUGCUCAGAACUGAAUUGAAAUUCUGAAGGGAUAAAUAUUUAAUCAGGAAAACCUGAAGCUCCUAUUUGCAACUAUUGCAUAUGCUCCAACUGACAAAAGUAAGAAUUGCUUUUCAGUGAAACAGGAUUAUGUAAUACUACAUGGCAAUAGCGAGCAGAAGGUGUAAUGUAUGGUAGGUCUUCAUACCUUUGCUUUGUAAAAUAAUGUUAUUGACUUCUAUAUAGUUAUUUGAUUACAUGAUGACACUGAUUUGGUUGAAAGUUUGUGUGCAAUGAACUUUUGUUUACCCCUAUUUUUGCACAGUUGUAAAUCUCAACAAUUUAAAAUACAGUUAAAUUUAAUUAAAUAUUUGUUUCUGUGUUCUUAUGUUAUGAUCUAAUUGCAAUGAAACCAUUAAAAAUUAGAACAUGCAAUA